GUCAAAAUUGUUUCAAUUAUUUUAAAUACGAAUAAAAUAUAUUUAAUAAUAUUUAAAUUGUAAUAUCAAUUAAUAUGAGUCCAAUCAAUAAAACAACUGUGGGCAUAGCUGCGGGUGUUGCAAGUACAAUUUUCAUUGGCUAUUGUAUUUAUUUCGACAGCAAACGACGUGCUGACCCCGAAUACAAGAAGAAAUUACGCGAGCGACGACGUCAUAACUACAAAAAUGAAAAUUCCACCAAAAUUCCAAAUUUUAAUGAUCAAGAAGCAAUUGAGAGAUAUUUCAUGCAAGAAAUCCACAUGGGUGAAUCGCUAAUUGCCCGCGGUGAACUAGAGAACGGUGUCAGGCAUCUUGUCAAUGCAAUACUAGUAUGUGGACAACCAGUACGCCUCUUAGAAAUGUUGCAGGCAUCAUUACCAGCACAAGUAUUUGCCAUGCUGAUACUAAAAAUGCAAGAAGUCGGUAAUCGCGUAAACACCGAAUUGAAUGAUAAAUCGAAAAUAGUUACAGUUAAGUCAAUUGGAAGCAACGAGAACUCGGAUGACAUUAAUCGUGCUCAAGCUGGAGUUCUAAUUGAUGACCUGGAGUCGUAA